AUGUCCUCGUCCUCCUCCUUCCUCGACUCCCGCUUCCCCUUCGCCGCCGGCGCCGGGGCCCCCGGCGGAAGCGGCGGUGGAGGCGGGAGGAGCGUGCGGCCGUGGGGGUCGAGCGGCGGGACGUCGGUGUCUUCAUCUGGGAAACGGAUACAGAAGGAGCUGCUGGACCUCAACGCCUCCGACUGCUCCGCGGGACCCAAGGGCGACAACCUCUACCACUGGCUCUCCACCAUCAUCGGGCCCCAAGGAUCGCCAUAUGAAGGAGGGGUAUUUUUCCUUGACAUCGUGUUUCCUCCUGAUUAUCCCUUCAAACCUCCCAUGGUAACUUUCAAAACAAGGAUUUACCACUGCAAUAUUGAUUCCACUGGUAAAGUGCAUUUGGACAUUCUGAAGGAUGGCUGGAGUCCAGCUUUCACUAUUUCAAAGGUGUUAUUGGCCAUCAAAGACAUCAUCAGCAAUCCAGAUCCAUACAGCCCACUUGUGAUGAGCAUUUCACGUCAGUAUCUGACUGAUAGAGCUAAACACGAUGAAAUAGCAGCUGAGUGGACAAUGAGAUUUGCAAGAUAG